CUCCCAAUUUCCAUUCCUUCAUUCCCUCACUCCUUGUUUUUACCUCCCUCCCUCCCUCCUCCAAGAUACCGGAGCUCCUGAGAUAUGCCUGCCUGGGCACAGGUGUUUGGCAGCUGGCACAGCUCCAGCUGCUCCUGCCCAGGGGCUCCACACAGCAAACUUUCUUGGCUUGAGGGUUGAGAGGAUGCAGUGCACGGAUGUACUGAGGUUUCGGCUUCCAUGGUGAUUUGCGAAUCGUGGUUUAUAGAGUCUCUCUGCAACAGGGCUGCCCUCGUUGCGUGGCUAGAAAAAUCCAGACGGCCAUAGCAGGUUUCGGGCAAUGCCCGCUUCUGCUUCAAAGGCCUCAUUGCCGCCCUCCUGCCACUUUUGUGGGCAGCCUCAUCCCUCCCCUGGAGCGGGGCCAUUCUCUGGGUCCUUCCCUCCCUCCCUCCCUCCCUCCUUCCGGCCAGACUCCCCAAAGUAGGAGGUGUGGACAGAGCUCCGGGACCCCGGAGUAGCCAGCUCAGCAGCCUCCCGGGCUUGGCCACAUGCGAAUCUCUGGCCGUGGGCCGUUGUGUUUUGCCAGCACAGCUGGGAAGGCGUGUGUGCACUGGAAUUACACCAAGGCCUCCCUCCAGGCGCCGCCGCUGGACUUCUCCUUCCGAGGCAUCAGCUUCAUGCAAGACCUGCUGACGGAGGAGCCCCGUCCUGGGCUCAGGGCCAUCCGGCGCUUGGAGGGAGGCCGCCUGCUGACUCAGGCCAUCCGGCUGAACAACAACACCCUGAAUGAUUUGAAGGAUUUCCCAGACAUUAUGGAGAAGCUGUUGGAGUAUCCGCUGGACAUCUACUGGAUCGACCUCUCCUUCAACGACCUGCCCAGCAUCGACCCGGUGCUGACCACCUACUACAACCUCCGGAACCUGAACCUCCAUGGCAACAGCAUCCAGAGCCUCUCCGAAGUGGACAAGCUGGCCGUCUUGCCUCACCUGCGCAGCCUCACCCUGCAUGGAAACCCCAUUGAGGAGGAAAAGGGCUACAGGAGCUACGUCCUGUCCACUUUGCCCCAGCUGAAGUCCUUCGAUUUCAGCGGCGUCACCAAACUGGACCGCAGCACCGCAGCCGUCUGGAGACGCAUGAACAUCAAGCCCAAGGUCGUCCGGAAGAAACGGGAUCGAUACUGAUGAUGGGCACCCGCCUUCCUUCCUUCCUGCGGAAUAAAACUUUAGAGUGGUUUCACCUGGUGAAUUGCGC